CUCACUCCUUCGCGUAUCAAUCUUGCUCUCCCCUUUUAAACUCCGCGGUCGUCGACGGCGGAAACACGCGAUGGCCGGCGUCGGCGAUUCCUCCGGCGAUGGUGCCGGUGGUGCUUCCUCGGACCGCUCCUUCGGUCGCCACAUUCUUCGCCACCCGGCUCUGGCCGAUCCGCAAGCGUCGCCGCUCGCCAAUCCCCCUCUCAGUUUUCAUUUACUGUUGCACAAGCUCAUCCCUCUGCCGUGUCAUGAGGUUCCUGUAGAGGAUCCUCGUCCUCCGCCUCCUCCGCCGCAGAAUCCGGUGGUGGAGGUUAAGGAGCGCCCGGUUUUUAGGGUGCCGAUACCUCAUGAUUUGCCGCCCGGCCCUUGGGAGCCUGAAGAUAUUCUUCCUCCUAGGCCUCCGAAUGACGAUUCCCGGGAAUCGGAAGAAUGCAGGAAGGGUUUUGAUGAUCGGAAUGACUCUUUGGUAAGUGCUCCUACUGUUCGUCGUCCGUCGCGGCCGAAUAGAUACGAAAAAACUUCGAGGAAUUCGCUUAAUUCAUUAGGGGAACAGAGGCUACGAGGCAAUGGACGCCCUGGAUAUGGGAAUGACACUCCCUCUGAUAACCCUAGGUCGGACCUUUGGCACGGUUAUCCAAAGAUUAAUGCCGGAGAUGGUCCUUCCGGGUAUAGACGCCAGCACAAAACGUAUGCAACUGGAGAUCAGCACCAGAGGAAGCACAUGGAUCUAGGGCAUUCCCCUCACGCACUGCGCUGGAAGCCGAAGACGAAUGAGCAGAGGCAACCACAAGCCUUGGUGGAGAAGAAAAAGGGGAAGGCGGAGUGGGUUGCAGUGACUAGGAUGCAGUGCGUGAAUAGGAAUUCAGAAGUAGGCGAACGCAGCCAACAGGAACUGACAGAUGGCGGAUGGCAAACAGUUUCUGGCAACGAUCCUGAUCAGAUUGAAUUUGUUUCAAAUUUCGACAAACUUGAGAUUGAGGAAUCAGAUGUGGAUCUAAAAACUCCCAAGGAUUUUGAGGAUUGGAGCUCAUCUGGAUAUGAACCUGUGAGUGGAGAAGGGAAAGAAAACCUUUCUUCUGAAGAUGGUGGUGAUGGUCAAGAGGAUAUCUUACCCAAUGAACAUACUGAUUCUCUGACGCUUCAGGGAGACCCAGCUCAAACCCGCAUAAAUAGACGUCCUCCAACUCCAUUGGCUAAGUUUGAUGGAUCAAAGCCUCUUAGAAGGAAACAAAGAUCAAGACAUGGGAUGAAACAUAGAGGGAUUGAGUGUCGCCCUGACAUAGAAACUUUGUCACCUGGGUUUGUUUCAGUUUAUGAGUCUUUACUACCAUCAGAUGUUGAAAAAGAGAAUCAAAAUCUAUUACUGAAAUCACUAACAGUAAUAAUCAACAAAGAAUGGCCCAAUGUGAAGUUACAUCUCUAUGGAUCCUGUGCUAAUUCUUUUGGGUUCUCAAACAGUGAUGUUGAUAUUUGCCUUUCAAUUGACGAAUGUGAGAGCAAGCAUGAUAUGUUGUUGAAACUGGCAGAUAUUUUGCAAUCAGAAAAUUAUCAAGAUGUAGAGGCCAUCACUAAUGCUCGGGUUCCUAUCGUGAAGAUGACAGACCCAUCGACCGGCAUUUGUUGUGAUAUAUGCAUCAACAAUCUUUUAGCUGUGGCAAAUACAAAGCUUCUCAGGGAUUACGCAAAGAUAGACAACAGGUUACACCAAUUGGCUUAUAUUGUGAAACAUUGGGCAAGGUCAAGAGAAAUGAAUAACACUUUCGAAGGCACCCUUUCUAGCUAUGCGUAUGUACUCUUGUGUAUUAACUUCUUACAACUGCGCCGACCAGCCAUCCUACCAUGUUUACAGGAAAUGGAGCUAACUUAUAUGUUGACGGUGGAAGAUACUGAUUGUGCUUAUUUUGAUCAAGUGGAUGAACUCCAUAAUUUUGGUUCUCUAAAUGACGAAAGCCUUGCAGAAUUAGUUUGGGGGUUCUUCCACUACUGGGCCUUCGCCCACAAUUAUACACGCGAUGUGAUUUCGGUUCGCACUGGGUGCAUAAUCAGCAAGAAAAUAAAGAACUGGACUAGACGAAUUGGAAACGACCGUCAUCUCUUAUGCAUCGAGGAUCCUUUCGAAACUUCCCAUGAUCUUGGUCGACAUGUUGACAGGUGCAGCAUUGACAUGCUAAGAAGUGAAUUCAAGCGAGCUGCGAGCGUGCUACAGUAUGAUCAGAUUCCCUUUGUUUCUCUCUUCGAGCGCGAAUGAUCUCCAGAUUCGAUUUUAAAAGUGUUGAUUGUAUAGUGUGGGGAAGACGUUGGUCUCAUUACAUGGUUUGCCUUCUUUUGGCCUUGCUUUAAUGAACGAUUUGGGUAAGUUGAAUUGUGAAGAUUGUUUAGAUUACAGUUGGAAGUUA